AUGGAGCUGGAUAACAGCUCCCUGGACUACUUCACCAGCAACUUCACAGAGAUCCCCAACGCCACCAGCGUUCCGCCCUGGAGCGAGGCCACGCUGCUCGGCCUGCAGGUCUCCCUCUCGGCGCUGCUCGCUCUCGUCACCUUGGCCACCGUGCUUUCGAACGCCUUCGUCAUCGCCACCAUCUUUCUGACGAGGAAGCUGCACACGCCUGCCAACUUCCUGAUUGGCUCCCUGGCCGUCACCGACAUGCUGGUGUCUAUUUUAGUCAUGCCGAUCAGCAUCGUCUACACCGUGAGCAAGACGUGGGCGCUGGGGCAGAUUGUGUGUGACAUCUGGCUGUCGUCCGACAUCACCUUCUGCACGGCCUCCAUUUUGCACUUGUGUGUGAUCGCGCUUGAUCGCUACUGGGCCAUCACAGACGCUCUGGAGUACACCAAACGUCGAACCAUGCGGCGGGCGGCUGUCAUGGUCGGGGUGGUGUGGGUGAUCUCCAUCUCAAUUUCCAUGCCUCCACUUUUCUGGCGGCAGUCCAAAGCCCACGAGGAGCUGACUGAGUGCAUGGUGAAUACAGAUCAGAUCUCAUAUACCCUAUACUCCACCUUUGGAGCCUUCUACAUUCCCACAGCGCUUCUCAUCAUACUCUACGGACAGAUCUAUGUUGCCGCCCGCUCCCGCAUCUUCAAAACGCCAUCGUCCUCUGGGAAGCGCUUCACCACAGCGCAGCUCAUCCAGACCUCGGCAGGCUCCUCUCUCUGUUCUCUUAAUUCUGCCUCACACCAGGAAGCACACCUACACUCCGACAGCCCUGGAGGUGGCGGAGGAGGAGGGGGGUCGCCUCUGAUCAUGAACAUGGUGAAAGUGAAGUUGGCAGACAGCGUGGUGGAGAGGAAACGUCUGUGCGCGGCGCGGGAGAGGAAAGCAACCAAAACUCUGGGUAUCAUCCUGGGAGCGUUCAUCGUCUGCUGGCUGCCGUUCUUCGUCGGCACUCUGGUCUUGGCCAUAUGUAAAAACUGCUGGUUCGACCCGGUGCUUUUUGAUAUAUUCACCUGGCUGGGAUACCUGAACUCCCUCAUCAACCCUGUGAUCUACACCGUCUUCAACGACGAGUUCAAACAGGCUUUUCAAAAACUCAUGAAAUUCAGACGUUUCUCCUGA